AGCGGUCUGCAAAUUUUGUAAACAAACGGACAGACGCAAUAACAAUAUAGAAAAGACGGAUGCUGCUGUGUUUGUAAACAGAUAUGGACAUCCACGAAUUGUUUAUGAGUUGUAGACGCGGAGAUUUACAGAAACUGAAGUAUCUGGUUGAACAAAAAGAACUGGAGCUCAACAUCAGAGACAAGUGGGACAGUACUCCUUUGUACUAUGCUUGUUUGUGUGGGCACAAGGACGUCGUUCAGUAUCUGCUAGAAAAUGGAGCGAGGUGUGAAGCUAACACAUUCGAUGGUGAACGCUGUUUAUAUGGAGCUUUAAACAAUGAAAUCAGGAAUCUUCUUAAGUCUUUCAAUAUGGUGUCCUCCAAAACACUUCGUCGAGAUCUUUAUGAGGAAUUUUUACGCAGACUUUUAGAAAUGGGAAUGCAUGAGGACGUGACAUUUCAUGUCUACGGAGAAAAAAUUCCAGCCCACCGAUGCAUCCUUAGUGCCCGAUGUCCGUAUUUCGCGGAGUCAUUCCGAACUCGCUGGAAGAAUAGGACAGAUAUCAUCAUCAAACACAAACUGGUGGUUCCGUGGGCAUUCAGGUCCCUCCUGCAAUACAUCUACACAGGUCGCUUAGAAACCCAUGUUGACAGCGUAGAGGACUGUAAGAGAUUGGCUCGCCAGUGUCAGCUGCCUGACCUCAUUAAGGAAAUAGAGGAAGCAUACAAAAAACAGAGCUCUUAUGAAAUACAGAAACCAGGGGUGAACAUCACCAACAUCCUGAUUGAGCGAUCGGAAGAUUCACUUGACCUUCAGUUUGACCUUGGACGACUAGCUGAUCUUGCUCUACCUAGGGAGCUGUCUACUUUUGUUCAGGGGGAGCUUCCAUUUGAACCAGAAUAUGCCUCCUUUUACCCAGACAUCUGUUUCUGUGUGGAGGGACACAAAUUUCUCUGUCACAAGGUGUUUUUCUGCGGUAGAAGUGACUAUUUUAAGGCGCUGCUGAUCGACCAUUUUGGAGAAGGCCAAGUCUCUGAUAGUAACGUCCCACAGAUGACCCUUAAAGACAUUUCCUGUGAUAUAUUUACCCAGAUUAUGUAUUACAUCUACCAGGACUCGUGUGAGUUGUCUGAGAACACCGUUUAUGAUGUCCUGUGGUUUGCCGAUCUUUAUAUGUUACCUGGUUUAAAGAGACAGUGUGCAAACUGCAUCAGUAAAUUUAUCAACUCCAGCAAUGUUCUACAAAUCCUGCGAUCCGCCCGACUGUUUAACCAGGCAAGGCUAGAGGACCAGUGUGCCGAAUUUAUUGCCAUUAAUCUGGAAAGUUUCAUUCACAGGGAAGACUUUGCUCAGCUGGUGAGGGAAGAUGCAUCAGAAAUCAAAGGGAGACAGGAGACAGACUCCAUUGGAAUAAUAGACGACAUUCGCUUCCACAUCACUAAUUUUGUCCAAACCUACAGCGAAAUGGAGGAGGCCAACGAACAGUUACGCUUGGUUGACGAUCUUCUGGAGGACCUUAAUUUGGAUGGAUAAACACAGUCAUGCAUGAAUGAUCAGUUUAAACAGGGAUGGAUUACACAAUAGAUCAUGAAUGAUAAGUUUAAACAGAGAUGAAUUACACAAUCACACAUGAAUGUUUAGUUAUAAUCUGUAUGGAUAAACAUGCAGUCACACAUGAAUGCUCAAUUUAAAGCUAGAUGAAUAAUCACAGUCAUGCUUGAAUGCUCAGUCCAGGGGAAUUUUGAUCACAAGAAAGAAACAAUAUGGUGCAUGAGGGGAAUACAAUUUACUUAUGAAUAAAGAAUCGAAAAGGGAAAAUUAAUUAUUUGAAAUGGAUAACUAGUGCUAGCGCUUGAAAAUAAACAGACACAUAUAUACAGUCAAACCUUAUUAUCUCGAAAUCAAUGGAAUUCAGAAAAAAUUUCAAGACAUCUGAGGAUUUGAGAUAUUGAGGGUUAAAUUUUAUAAAGAAUAAAUUCUUGGGACUUCCAAGUCACUUUGACAUAUCCAUGGUAUUUGAGAUAUCGGUUUUCAAGAUGCUGAAAUUUAACUGUGUAUUGCCAGGGUCUCCUCUCAUGAUGUAAGCACCAGAAAAGUCUGGUUUGUAAUUAGGGUAGGGAUAAUUAAUAUUAUCUGGUCUGGUCUGGUUUGUAAUUAGGAUACGGAUAAUUAAGAUAAUGAAUGGUCGGACACUAACACAAACCUAUUAGGUUUGAAAGACGGUAGAUUUGUUUGUUUAAAGUUUCAGUUAGAGAGAAUUUAUUUUCUGAUUUUCUAGUAAUCACAGAUCUUACUGUGUUGCAAAAUUUUUACUGUGUCGCACACGUAAAAUUUGAAUCGUUACUGUGUUGGGGAAAA